UAUAGUUGAAUGGCGGAAUGUUCUACCAAAACAUUCGUCCGAAAACGGUAAGGAACGGAGCCCCAACAAGGAUACUUAAAGUAUCGCAGCGCCCAGCACCUACACGCCUUGUGUGUGCAAAGAGGGAAGGCAUCUGCCGGGGAAAGUCGGGGUGGGAGGAGAACGGCAUUGCUGCCCCAACUCUGGGGGGGUUGGGGGGUUUCGGCGGAUCGAGACACGAACACUCGCCCGGCUCGAGGACGCGUAUGUCGGCUAAAGUGCUCGAGCGGACUCUCGGCCUUUUUGGGAUGCGGACAUGGACGAGUAGAAACUUCUAGGAAGUGCGGUUUGCAUGAACUGGAGGAGAAAAUGCGGAGACACGCCGUCGAAGAAGAAAAUCAGUGGGUCCUUCAAUCAACAUGAACACCAGUAGCAACUGCACCCCAUUGGGGAGCGGUGGCGGGCUGGCUGCUCUGGAGUCGGUCUCCAUUGUGAGCAUCACCCUGCUGGCCUGCCUGGCCAACCUCCUGAUCGUGGUCACAUUGUACCGCCGACCCUACCUCCUGACACCCAGCAACAAGUUUGUGUUCAGCCUGACUCUGUCCAACCUGCUGCUGUCGGCCCUGGUCCUGCCCUUUGUGGCCGUCAGCUCCGUCAAGAGGGAGUGGGUGUUCGGCGUGGUGUGGUGCAACUUCACCGCCCUGCUCUACCUGCUCAUCAGCUCAGCCAGCAUACUCACGCUGGGAGCCAUCGCCAUCGACCGGUACUACGCAGUGCUCUACCCGAUGAUCUACCCCAUGAAGAUCACGGGGAACCGGGCCGUGGUGGUCAUCGCCUACGUGUGGUUGCACUCCCUGGUGGGCUGCGUGCCCCCUCUGUUCGGUUGGUCCUCCUUUGAGUUUGACUGUUUCAAGUGGACCUGCGUAGCGUCUUGGCACCGCGAGCCGGCCUACACAGCCUUCUGGGUUGCCUGGUGCAUCCUGCCGUCCUUCCUGGUCAUGCUGGGGUGCUACGGCGUCAUUUUCCGCGUGGCUCGCGUCAAAGCCCGCAAGGUGCACUGCGGCACGGUGGUUGUAUCCCAGGAGGACGGCGGCGGCAGUGGCUCGCAAAGGAACGGACGCAAGAAUUCGAGCACGUCCACGUCGUCCAGCGGGAGCCGGCGAAGCUUGGUGUACGCCGGAAGCCAGUGCAAGGCCUUUGUCACCAUUCUGGUCGUGAUCGGGACUUUCCUCAUGACCUGGGGCCCGUACGUUAGUGUGGUUUGUACAGAAGCUCUUUUUGGACAGGGGAGCGUCUCCCACGGGCUGGAGACUCUGGUGGCGUGGCUUUCCUUUUGCAGCGCCGUAUGUCACCCGUUCAUCUAUGGCCUGUGGAACAAGACAGUGAGGAAGGAGCUUCUGGGGAUGUGCUUUGGCGAUCGCUACUAUAGAGAGUCCUUCGCUAUGCGACACAGGACCUCGCGCCUCUUCAGUAUCUCUAACAGGAUAACAGACUUGGGGAUGUCGCCCCACCUGACGGCCAUGUUGGCUGGGGGAGGGCAGCUGCUGGCCCCUGGGAGCAGCACAGGAGACACUGGCUUCAGUUUCACUCAGGAUUCGUGUACGGACGUGAUGCUGCUGGACAACUUUUCCACUGAUGGCUCCUCCCAUCAACAUUAUUCCUGCCAUUCGUCUGGGAAGAGGAGGAGCUCUGUCACCUUUGAAGACCAGCUAGAGCAUUCCAAAGCGGAUCACGCGGCAACAGUGCAAGUCCACGCCGAGGUCGACAAAUCCUUGGACAGCUUCGCUUCCGGGCUAGCCAAAGCCAUCGAGAGUGACGCCAAGCUCACCCUCUUUGGGGACAUUUUGACUGUUCCGGCUGCUCUCUUCACGGCCCGGGCGGCGCCCAGGCCAAGAUACCUGGACGGUCAGAGACUGAGGUUGGAGAGCAUAGACGAAGGCAUCGUCAAAGACGACAAUGACGAGCGAGACUCAGAGAUGAAGGCUGCCUGAAGUCAGCCGAUCUGCACGCAGUUUUCCAUGGCGAUUAUUCAGACUGAAAACUUGUAACAAUUUUACAUGAAAGACAGAAAAGACUGUGCACAUUCUUCAUUAACAUAGGAAAAAGCUGAACCACUACAACCUUAUUUAUGCUUUUCCAAAGCACAUCAGCUCAGUUUUUCUGUUUAGGCCAGUAAUGUAUCUAAGACUACAAUAAGUCAGGUAA